AUGACACAUCUUGUCUAUAGGUGGCACACCCUUUUCCUAAAUGACACAUCCAACAUUCUAAGAUGUUCCAUUCCUUCCGAAGAACAUCAUCACAUCAGGUGUGUUGAUGGUUGCGUGGAUACGAAACAUAAAACCUCCAGAAAAGAGAUGAGAGAGAGGUCAUCUGGUUUGAUCAUCGGGAUCUCAAUCGGAGUGGUAAUCGGAGCGCUUUUAGCCAUAAUCGGACUACUUUGCUUCAGAUAUCACCGGAAACGACCUCAAAUAGGCAACAGCAGUUCCAGGAGAGCAGCAAAAAUCCCCAUCCGUACAAAUGGUGCCGAUACUUGUACGAUCUUAUCAGACUCAUCAAUGGGGACAGAAUCAUCAAGAACAUCUGUCCAAACCGGCAUCCCAGUAUGGUUUAGUGGAGUAAAGAAGGGUCAUGUAGUUGCUGCUUCAGGAAUUCUUGAAUAUUCCUACAAAGAUCUUCAAAAAGCAACCUACAAUUUCACUUCAUUGAUAGGCCAAGGGGCAUUUGGCCCUGUUUAUAAAGCUCAAAUGACUGCUGGUGAAGCAGUUGCUGUUAAAGUUCUUGCAACCGAUUCAAAACAAGGCGAGAAAGAGUUCCACACAGAGGUUAUGUUAUUGGGAAGAUUACAUCACAGAAACCUUGUGAAUUUGGUAGGAUAUUGUGCUGAAAAGGGGCAACAUAUGCUCAUAUAUGUCUACAUGAGCAAAGGAAGUCUAGCUUCACAUUUAUACAGUGAAAACCAUGAAUUAUUAAGCUGGGAUUUGAGGGUUCAAAUAGCUUUGGAUGUAGCUAGGGGAUUGGAAUAUCUCCAUGAUGGAGCUACUCCUCCAGUCAUACACAGGGACAUAAAGUCUUCUAACAUCUUGUUGGAUCAGUCGAUGGGAGCUAGGGUUGCUGAUUUUGGACUUUCAAGGGAGGAUAUGAUUAAUAGAAAUGCUUCAAAUAUACAAGGGACUUUUGGGUAUCUUGAUCCUGAAUAUAUAUCAACAAGAACUUUUACUAAAAAAAGUGAUGUUUAUAGCUUUGGGGUUUUACUUUUUGAGCUUAUUGCUGGAAGAAACCCUCAACAGGGUCUCAUGGAGUAUGUUGAACUUGCGGCGAUGAAUACGGAGGGGAAAGUGGGAUGGGAAGAGAUAGUGGAUUCUCGUCUGGAAGGAAACUUCGAUGAACAGGAGGUAAACGACGUCGCAGCGCUUGCGUACAGAUGCAUCAAUCGUUCACCGAAAAAAAGACCUUCAAUGAGGGACAUCGUGCAGAUAUUAUCGCGUAUUCUUACCACAAGGCAUAACAAAACCCAUCAUAGACGUGAUUCUUCUCUCGCCGGAGAUGAGAUUGCUCUCAAUGUCGAUGAGUUAGGUCGCCGGAGUCCGAUGAACAGCCAACAUCGCCGGUUGGAGUCUGUAGAUAGCACAGCCGACUCCCUUGAGCAAGUGUAAAAUGACAAAAUCAUCCUUUUUUUUUUUUUUUUUAAUUUGGUUUUGUAUUAUAUUUUAUAGUUUAGGUUUUGGUGUGUGUGUGUGUGGGGUGUUGAG